AUGGCGGCCGCGGCCCCCGCGGCCCCGGCGGCCCCCGGCGAGGCCAAGCGCCCCGAGGGCGACGAGUGGUGCGACAGCGGGCUGGGCUCGCUGGGCGACGGGCCGCUGGGGCCGCCGCUGCCCGCCAGCCCCGCGGCGGAGCCCCCCGAGCCCCUCGCUGACCCCGCGGCCUGGCUGCGGCACGUCCUGAGCUUCGUCACCGACGAGGGCGACACGGCCCUGCACCUGGCCGUGAUCCACGAGCACCUGGAGUUCCUGGAGUCCAUCCUGCGGCACACGGAGCACUCGCCCUACCUGGACCUGCAGAACGACCUGGGCCAGACCGCCCUGCACAUCGCCGUGGUGCUGGGGCUGGCCGGCGCCGUGCGGCGGCUGCGGGCGGCGGGCGCGGCCGUGGCCGUGCGGGAGCGGGGCGGUCACACGGCGCUGCACCUGGCCUGCCGCGAGGGCCACCCCGCCUGCGCCCGCGCCCUGCUGGGACGCCCCCCCGACCCCCGGGACGCCCCCCGGGACCCCCGGCAGGAGGAGGAGGAGCGGCGGGCGCAGCUGGACAGCGUCAACUACGACGGUUACACCCCCCUGCACGUGGCCGUGCUGCGCCGCGACCCCGAGCUGGUGCAGCUGCUGCUCCGCGCCGGCGCCGACCCCGACCGGCCGGAGCCGAGCUGCGGCCGCAGCCCCCUGCACUUGGCCGUGGAGGCGCAGAGCCCCGAGGUGGCCGAGUGCCUGCUGCGGGCCGGGGCGCGGCCGGAGCCCCGCACCUUCUCGGGGCUCACCCCGCUGCGCAGCGCCCGGCGCCGCCCCGACCCCCGCCUGCCGCCCCUGCUGCGCCGCUUCGGGGCCCGCGACCCGCCCGGCGGCGACAGCGGCGACGACAGCAGCGACAGCGGCGGCGACAGCGAGGGCGGGGCCGAGGACAGCCAGGACGAGUACGACGACAUCGUCAUCACCAGCCGGCGCUGCCCGGCCUGAGGGCCCCCCCCGGGUGGACUCGGGGACCCCCGAAGGGGCGCCCACCCCCCAAAAUCCCGGGGGAGCCCCAGGGGCUGGGGGGGGGCGGGAAAUAAAGCAGAGGCUGCAAAGGA